AUGAAUGUACUCUAUGAGUUGUUUUGUAUGGGGGCACCCCCAACCUUGACAGGCCAAGAUUUGAAAAAGGCCAACUUCCAACCCUUUAUGAACAAGACGUUGCAAUCAGCCAAGUUGAUCAUGAACGAUGAUACGCUUAAACAAGAUGCAACCUCGCGUAUCAAGAGUUUAUUGGGAUCGAAAUCACAUUCUGUGAAUAAUACGAUGCGUACCGUGAAUACGAUGUUUGAUGCUGCACGUCAAGCAUGUGAAUUUGACCGUGAACGUUGUAUGAUUGAGUGGCUCGAAACAUGCGUGACGAUGGCCAUACAAAUGGGGCUGCAGGAGGCUUCUGGUGGCACGACAACUACAGCAGCCGUGCCAUCCACGUAUGACAAGAUCGGAGCAUCGGAAGAUGAGGAGGAUGAAGAUGCCGUUGUGCCGCAACCUUCCAACAACAACAAACCUCGAAGAAAACAACAACCCCCAAGACGACAACGCAAAAAUCGUGAUUCAGAUGAAGAAUAUCGACCUUCCUUUGAUGAUGAUGAUGAUGUUGAGGAUUUCACCCCUGUCACCUACCAAAAGAACAGCAACAACAAUGAACCACAAGUGUUUAAAAAGAAAGGCGAUGAAUUGGUGUCUGCUAUUCAACCUGGUGCUGGUGCAGGUGCUGUAUUAAAGCAUUUCAACGCAAGCAGUGUUGCUUUGCAAAAUGGUUACUUUGCUCGAUCGUACUUUUUCCCAUCCAAGGAAAGCUUCAACGCCUUUAUUUCUACUUUGCAUUCUGCCCAAAAGACCAUUGAUAUUUGUGUUUAUUCCAUGACCGAUGAUGAUACUGCUGAUGCUCUUAUCUUGGCCAAGAAACGCAAUGUAAAGAUUCGUAUCAUUACUGAUGACCAACAAGCCGCAAGCAAAUACGCUGAUCCUUCAAGAUUACAAAAAGACCAUGGUAUCCCUUACAAGACUGAUAACUCUCCCUCUUAUAUGCACAACAAAUUCGCUGUGAUUGAUGGAAAGACUUUGAUCAACGGCAGCUUCAACUGGUCGAAAAAUGCACGAUUCAAGAACAGGGAAAACAUUGUCAUUACCAAUAUUCCUGAAUGCAUCAAAGAAUUCCAGAUCGAGUUUGAUAGAUUGUGGAACGAGUUUGAAUUUGAGCCCUAG